AUGGCAGACCAUAGUUUUGUCUCUGAAGCCUCAAACCUUUUAUGUACAGAAAGUGAAAACUUGUGUUUUGACGAUCUUGAUUCUGUAGCCACAGAUAACCAAACCCAUCAAACCAACUAUCAAAACUUGGACUUUACCAAUGCUAGAUCAGACCCAUUGAUUGUUUUGCCAUCUUUAAGUGAAGAGAGUUUUGGUUUGAUGGUUGAGAGAGAAAAAGAGCAUUUGCCCAAAGAUGAUUAUCUCAAGAGAUUGAGAAGUGGGGAGUUGGAUUUGAGUGUGAGAAGAGAGGCACUUGAAUGGAUUUUGAAGGCUCAUGCUCAUUACAGUUUUGGAGCAUUAAGUUUUUGUCUGUCCAUGAAUUACUUGGACAGAUUCCUAUCAGUUUAUGAUCUGCCUAAAGGUAAAAUUUGGACAUCACAAUUGGUAGCUGUGGCCUGUUUGUCACUAUCAACCAAAGUAGAGGAGAUAGAAGUGCCUCUCACUGUGGAUUUACAGGUGGGAGAUCCCAAGUUUGUAUUUGAAGGUAAAACAAUACAGAGAAUGGAACUUCUGGUGUUGAGCACCUUGAGGUGGAGAAUGCAGGGUUGCACUCCCUGUUCCUUCAUUGACUAUUUUCUUAGAAAGAUCAAUGGCGAUCAAAUUCCAUCAGGACUGGCUUGGUGGGAAUUGAAUGCAGGCAUUGACUUCUUGGAAUUCAGACCUUCUGAAAUUGCUGCAGCUGUGGCAAUGUGUGUUUCAAGAGAAAUACAAGUGAUAGACAUUGAUAAGGCACUGCCUUGUUUCAUACAUGUGGAGGAGGGCAGAGUGUUGAAAUGUCUUGAACUGAUACAAGAUUUGGCAUUGAUUAGUGGGUCUACAAAUGUGGCUAAUGCCUCAGUUCCAUCAGUACCCCAGAGCCCAAGUGGGGUGUUGGAUGCUGCUGCAUGCUUGAGCUAUAAAAGUGAUGAGAGAACAGUUGGGUCAUGCCCAAAUUCUUCACACACUAGUCCAGACACUAAAAGGAGAAAACUUGACAGACCCUUUCAAGAAGAUGACUUCAAGUCAUGA